GGCAGCGGCGUCGUGGUGGGCCGGGCUUUCGCGCUCCUGCUUGGGCCCGGCCGCCUCCACAGCCCACCCCACUGCAUCUUCUCGGGCUUGAGAGGGUCCUUCCGCCGCAGCCCCCUGCCCUACCCGCUGCUGCCGCCGCAUCUCAACUUGGGCCCGCGCCGGGAAAUGCCCCAGGCCGCCUACUGCUACGUGCGGAUCGUGGGCAGGGGCAGCUACGGGGAGGUGACGCUAGUGAAACACCGACGGGACGGCAGGCAGUAUGUCAUCAAAAAACUGAACCUCCGAAAUGCCUCCAGCCGAGAGCGGCAAGCGGCUGAACAGGAAGCUCAGCUCUUGUCUCAGCUGAAACACCCCAAUAUUGUCACCUACAAGGAGUCAUGGGAGGGAGGAGAUGGUCUGCUCUACAUUGUCAUGGGCUUCUGUGAAGGAGGGGAUCUAUAUCGGAAACUAAAGGAGCAGAAAGGGCAGCUUCUACCUGAGAGUCAGGUGGUAGAGUGGUUUGUACAGAUCGCCAUGGCUUUACAGUAUUUACAUGAGAAACACAUUCUUCAUCGAGAUCUGAAAACCCAAAAUGUCUUCCUAACAAGAACAAAUAUCAUCAAAGUGGGUGACCUAGGAAUCGCCCGAGUGUUAGAGAAUAAUGGUGACAUGGCAAGCACUCUCAUUGGUACACCCUAUUACAUGAGCCCUGAAUUGUUCUCAAACAAACCCUACAACUAUAAGUCUGAUGUUUGGGCUUUGGGAUGCUGUGUCUAUGAAAUGGCCACCUUGAAGCAUGCUUUCAAUGCAAAAGACAUGAAUUCUUUAGUUUAUCGGAUUAUUGAAGGAAAGCUGCCACCAAUGCCGAGAGUUUAUAGUCCAGACCUUGCAGAACUGAUAAGAACAAUGCUGAGCAAAAGGCCUGAAGAAAGACCCUCUGUGAGGAGCAUCCUGAGGCAGCCUUAUAUAAAACGCCAAAUCUCCUUGUUUUUGGAGGCCACAAAGGCAAAAACCUCUAAACAAAACAUUAAAAAUGGUGACUGCAAAGCCAAGCCUGCUGCUGCAGUGAUUUCCAGAAAGGCAGAAUCAAAUUGUGAAGUAAUCCCCUCCCAACCCCACUCUUCUGAUGGCUCCAAGACAUAUGUAAUGGAUGAAGAUAAAUGUUUGUCCCAAGAAAAACCCAUGGGUAUUGGUCCCCUGAAAUCACCUGCUAGUCUAAAAGGCCAUGCUGGCAAAUCAGACAUGAGCAAUACUGGAGAAUCACUAGUCACAAUCAGUAGGGUAAAUAUUGACAUCUUACCUACCAAAAGGAGGGACUCAAUGAAUGAUGGCUUAGUUCAAAAGAAUGAGCCAAGACUCUUAGAUGCCUCUAGUAAGCUAGACAUUCAAUGCAAUAUUUCUCAAGUGGAAGAAGAAAGGCUACAGGAUAACACCAAGUCCAGUGUUCAGCCUGAAAACCUGAUUCCCAUGCAGUCCUCUGAUGAUGGCAAUGGGGAAGGGAAUGAAGCAGUGAAGCCAUCGCAACACCUAAAUAAAGACCCCAAACCAAAGGACCAGGAGCAAGUGAGUGGUGACUACAUUACAGAAAAACAGGGCAGAAUCCACCCAGAUUUACAGUCACACAGCUGUGGGUCUGAACCUUCCCUCUCUCGACAGCGACGGCAGAAGAAAAGAGAACAAACUGAGCACAGAGGGGGAAAGAGCCAGGCCAGCAGAGAUCUCUUUGCAUACCAAGAGGCACCUCUUCAAUUGUUGCCAUCUCAUCCCACUAUUGGAAAAGUGGACAUCAUAUCAACACAAGAAAAUGCUGAAAACCAAAGUAGACCAGUCCCUGGGUCUAUGAAGAAUUCAAGUGACAGUGAGAUACCAUCAUUAAAGGAUCGACCGUUAUCAGCCAGAGAGAGAAGGCGGCUGAAGCAGUCACAGGAAGAGAUGCUCCUCUCAGGUGAUCUCUUUUCAUCUAGUCCUUCAGUAAGGAGAACUCUGAGUGCAGCGAGACCAGGGAAAUCACUGGAGGAAGACCACCCCAUCCCUGCCCGACGGUUUUCUUCUGACUGCAGCAUUGCUCAGGAAAGGAAACUGAUACAUUAUCUGUCUGAGGAUGAGUUAAGUUCAUCUACAAGUUCAACUGAUAAGUCAGAUGGGGAUUCCAGGGAAGGGAAAAGUCAUACAAGUGAAAUGAGUGACUUGGUACAGUUGAUGACUCAGACCCUUAAACUGGAUUCUAAAGACAGUUGUGAAGACCUCCCAGUACAAAAUCCAGUGUCAGAAUUCAAACUUCAUCGGAAGUACCGGGACACACUGGUACUUCAUGGAAAAGUUGCUGAGGAGGCAGAGGAACUCCAGUUUAAAGAGCAGCCCUCAGCUAUCAUGCCAGGUUCUGAAAAGAUCAGGAGAAUAGUUGAGGUCCUGAGAGCUGAUGUCAUCCGGGGACUGGGCAUUCAGCUUUUAGAGCAAGUGUAUGAUCUUUUGGAAGAGGAAGAUGAAUUGCAGAGAGAGGUACUUUUACAGGAGCACAUGGGUGAAAAGUAUACAACUUAUAGUGUGAAAGCUCGCCAAUUGAAGUUUUUUGAAGAAAAUGUGAACUUUUGAGAAUUUGUUCUAAUCUGCUCCUA